UUCAACUGCAAAAAUUCACCUGCAAAAGUGAUGACCUUAAAUGACCCAAGCCAGAGCAAUCAGCACUAGAUCGAGUCGAGCGGCUCUCAGCCAAUUAAAUUACGCUGUUUGAUCACAUGACAUGUUAGCCGGCAGUGUCUUCUGAAAAGAGAGCUGUUUAGAGAGGCAGUUUUGAAUUCAGGAGCGGCAAGAUGGCAGCGGCAAACCCUGGCGGUUCUCCGAUUAUGCAAGAUGAAAUUAUUCAGUCAGCAAGACACUUGCUGCAGUUGCUGACAUCAUCCAACCGAACUGCUGCUGUGAUGAAUCAGAGUACAAGAGAACAGAGUCAAGGUGGCCAGGGUACCAGCUCGGUCAACCCUGAAAGACCAUCCAUUCAGCAAGAAAUGACCAGGUCUUUUCCUGGUAUUUUCUCAAGAGGAAAGGGAAAAAGGCGGUUCCCUGCUACAUCUCUGGUGCCUGCUAAGAAGCCUAAACCUCUUGAAGUGGUAUUUUAUUUGCUCCCAAAACAAAUGGAGAAGACCCCAAAUGAACAUGAAAAAUAUAUCCACACACAGGCAGGGAUGGGUCAAAGAACAGCACAUCUUGAUGAGAGCACAACACAUGAAGAGUUAAAGGAUGCCCUGAAUGAUUUGUUUCCCAAACUGAAGGAGGUAACAGGUGGCUGGCUGCUGUUCAAACCUGGGGGUGGUUGGGGAAGCCGAAAACUUUCUCUGGUUCCUCCAGCUGAUAUUGGCUAUACAGGGACAAUCCUAAAGGCUGCCAGUCGUGGGGGUAAAAACGUAUAUAUUGCUCCUAUUCAAGAGGAACUUAGCAAUGACCCGGUACCACUAAGCGAUGAGUCCUUCAGAUGCAUGCCAAAAGCAAAAUGCCAGCAGUGUGGCAUAGGUGUUCCACUGCAACUUCUGUCAGAACACCUAAAAUCCUGUCCUCCUUUGGAAACUCCCAGUGAAAGUACUGUGGUGAAUUUAGAUGGUGAUGAACCUACAGAGAAGGAAUGCUGGUUAACUGUUUUGGACUCUUCAAAGGCCAUACAUGAAUGUGCAAAGAAUGCUUUGGACAUGCAUGAAAUGGAGAGCCCAUUACGUCUCACAAUGGACAUCAGACAAAGUGUAGCUGAUCAGGACAUGGCCCUCAUCUCAUUCUACAAGAGACCCAAUGUUGAAUGGGCACGUCCUUUGGAGUGCAGGCUUGAGGGGGAUACAGCUAUCGGACAAGGAGUAAUACGUUUUUUCUUAUCAACAUGCAUGGAGAAGCUGAUGUCUGGUUUUUGCAUCAAUUUUGCAAACUCAAAUGUUACUCCACUGUUUGAGGGAGAGCCAGGCCAUUACAUACCAUCAGCAUCUCACUUUCUUGUGGAAAGUGAUAUGUUCCUUAUGGCAGGGAGAAUGGUAGGGCACUCCUUUCUUCAUGGAGGCCCAUGCCUAUCUGGACUUAGCCCAGCCAUUGUGCACGUCCUACUUGGUGGUAGUCCUGAAACUGCCACAGUUACACCCGAGGACUGUCCAGACCUAGACCUGAGAGGGACAAUUCAGCUUCUUCAAGGGCAAUCAAAGCUGUCAGAUGAAGAGAGAAAACGUGUUCAGGAUCUGGCAUAUGCAUGGGACCUCCCUCCCUUGACAGAGAACAACAGGAGAUGGCUGUUUGAGAAAUUAUUACUCCAUUCUGUCAUUGGGAGAGUGACGAGGCCAAUAAAACAGCUGAGAAGGGGACUUAAAGAAACCCCUAUGUGGACCCUGCUGACCCGGCGACCUGACACGGUGCCCUUACUCUUUCCACAAGAGUUGGCUGCUGUGAACCCUGAGGUCCUUCUUCAGCGGAUUGUGUGGCCUGAAGAUGAGGAUGAAGGUUGUCCUCUUCAAACUAAAUGCAGAAUCAUAGGCUACAUGAGGCAUUUUAUUCUAAAUGCAACACCAAGUGAGCUGACAAAUCUCCUAAAAUUCUGGACUGGAUGGGAGAUUGUGCCAAAAAGUCUCACAGUGGAGCUAGUAGAUGGCAGACAUCCAACUGCUGCCACCUGCUAUGAGACCUUGCGCAUUCCAUACCACUACAAGGACUAUUUAACUUUUAAGGAAGACCUCAUUGCCUGCUCUGAAACCUGCCACUCAGGGUUUGGACUCAUUUGAGUCAUUCCCAUAACGCAAGGUAGUGGUGUAGAAGGCUCUGUUCAAGAUUUGGAAUAUAAAUGUUCACAUCUACUGGGCCUCUCUGGUGCU